GUUGUAUGCAAUUAUUAUUCUGACGAAUGUAAAAGAGGGUCUAUGCACAAUCUUCAUUCAAUUUUGUUCAGGUUGAAAUUUAAAGUGUCACGUUUGUGCGUGUGUUCAUACGUUCACAUACGCCAGGGUACGAAUCGUAUACGACAAAUCGCAUAGUGUAAAUGGGCCUAAAGGUUCUAUAUACUGCAUCGUUUGGUACUGGAGUAAAUCUUCUUUGUGACAAGAAAAUCGUAGCAUGAACGAAGAACAAGACAGUCUUUUAGAAAAAGUACAACCUAGCUUACUUAGGCGGGAUUAUUAUACAGAAGCGCUGCUUGGAAGAGGUGCUUAUGGUGUAAUAUUUAAAGUUAGAUGCAUCCAUGACGAUCGCCCAUAUGCGAUAAAGGUUGUUCAGACGACAGAUUACAACAGGAGAAACACAAAAUACCAGAAACGAGAAUUGGAGAUACUGACACAAUACAAAGACGAACUUUGGAGGAAGAAUAUUGUCAGAUAUUACGGUUCUUGGCAAAACCAUAUCGAAAACACACCAUUUCUGUUUAUUCAAAUGGAACUCUGUCUGGCAAACUUAGAUGAUUAUAUCUACGAUAUAGUUGGUUCUCAAGUUAUUAAAGUCGCAAGUCCAAAACCACUUUGGGCGCACGUUUUCCCUCAAAUUUUGAAUGGUUUAAAGGCUAUACACCAAAUCGGCUGGGUUCACCGCGAUAUUCACCCCGGUAAUAUUCUUGUAGCAAAUCCACAGCCACAACAAAUCACCGAAAUUGUCGUAAAGAUCGCUGAUUUUGGUCAUGCCAGGGAAAUCAGUUCUAUAAUCGAAGGCUCUCUUCAACUCACUGUUGCUUCAUUACUGCCACCGCUAUCUCCCCAAGUUGGAAAUACAUUCUUCAGCGCGCCUGAACUUGAUACUGGAUCUUACGAUUAUAAAAUUGAUCUCUACAGCGCAGGAAUCGUUCUAUAUUUCCUCAGCCGUUAUCUUCCAACGAAAAGCCAAUGGCCAGAUGAGAUCAAGGAACUUAGAAACGGGAAUCGUGGUCCUGAAUUUUUGUCGCAUCAAGACGACAUAUUAUUACACUUGAUCGAUGACUUAAUGAAGCCAAAUCCAGACGAACGGCCAACUGCAGAUAUGGCUUUGAAAUUCAUUGCAGUCGGAAGCCUUACCGAAAAGAAAUUUUUGGUGAAGAAACAGGGUGAUGAAACUUACUACCGUUGUACUAUGACCGAGAAUACUUUGAAAAGCUUAAAAACUGCAAUAGAAAAACAUAGCAAUAUCGGGAUUAAAGCUGAUUUUCAGAAGCUGCAACGUGAACUUAUUGGUAACGAUGCUACAUGCACACUGGUCGAUUUAAAGUCCGACCAAGAUGUCCGACAAAUGUUUCUUAGUGCUAGGGAAGAAGCCGAAAAAGUAAGUAUAGUUGUCACUCGCAGCGGUGAGUGUGACAUAGAGGAAGCAGUUAAUCACCUUUAAAAGGAGUUUUCCAUUUGGCGUCAUUUGAAGACUAAUUUCUAAACUUGAAAUUGUAAUGUAAUUGUAACGAAUAAUAUUGCGAGUGUAUAAUUACGGAUAUCCACCACGAUAUAGUUCUCGACCCUUUAUACCCUUACAGGAGUACAGCGCAAUGCCGUUGCGAAAGCAAACUCGGUUUAUUUUGAAUCGGGAGCACUCAUGUAUAAAUAAUUUAUUCUAUUAGUCGUAUUCGGCAAAAAAGCGCUCGAUGAAUCAUUUUAUAUCAAACCUUUGAAUUAUAUUUACUGUUCCUGAAUGAACUAGCUACCUUAAUGCGAUAAUUUAAAGGUUAUACGAAUACAAAAUUUUAACAUUAUCAGCAAUUCAAUUCAUCGCUUUUUACUUCCUGUAAAGGCCCGAUUACACUUGAAAUGUGCGAUUUCCUUCUUUUGGUAUAGAUGUGAACGAGUCACUAGUUACGAAUGCUCUGAUGUAACUACAAAAGCUCUUAUUUGAAUAUCAGUAACUAAUUUACUCGUUCACAUCUAUCAACUCGCUCACAUAUCAGUAACUAAUUCACUCGCUCCAUAAAAUUGCAGUGAAGUCCAAGUGCACUCAUGCGUCGAAUUGACGCAAUUCCGGUAACAGUUCAGGUGAUUGUGGAGAGUCGAGAUUAAAAGGUCGAGAGUCGUAAAAAUCCCAAUUUUAGCACAAAAAGGAUAUUUUAUUUAUAUAGUAUGUAAACGUGCAGAGUAAAGUGAAAAAACUGAUUCCAUAUUCAAAACUGUAAUCAACUACUGGCAGUCAAUUAUAAGUUCGUUGCAAAUUUGCAUUGAAUAUAGCUAGAACAUCACAUUUUUGGACCAGGAACAGGUCCCUAGCCGCUGCUAAUCUUGUUGUUGUUGUUGUUGUUAGGGGUG